AUGUGGGACUGGCUCACUACGUUUUUCAAGACCAUUUGGCGAUGGCUGACCAAAUUCUUCUCCUUUGUUUGGUCAUGGCUUUCUGUCUGUCUGGACAUUGCUCUAGUGGUCCUGGUGUUUGUGUACACUGGGGCUGGCAUCUACAGUCUGUUUGCGUACGCGCGAACACGAUGCACACACAAGGAUUACAACGCCUGGGGCUCUCGGUCGCCUAUUCAGGCUUUUGUUGCAUGGCUGACUCUCUACCGGUUCCCUCUGUCGCAGGGCGCCCACUGGUACAGCCCCACGCGGCUCAUAGCGUACAUGGCGCUGUUCUACGUGUGUCUCAACAUUGUCGAGUGUUUGGCCUGGAGUUUCCGACACACCCAGAUGAUCAACUCAUUUGAUGACGGCACUUACUAUGAACAUUUUCCCCAGGAAGCAGAUGAGGAGGAGGAAGACGACGAGAUGCGACGAGUUCCCCCCCGGUUUGGCACCAGUGAAUGGAACUUGCUGGUACACGUUGGAUUUCUGGUUUGGUUGGUGCUGAGCUAG